AAGCAGUUCGGUCGCCUGGUGGAAAGAUGGCGGAAGUUGUGAGCGUUGGAGUGAAUUUGGAAGCUUUUUCCCUGGCAAUCAACGCUAUUCAGGCGCUUCGCUCCAGCGUAACUCGGGUUUUCGACUCCCUGAAAGAUGGCAUGAAAAACAAAGAGACCCUUGAAGGCAGGGAGAAGGCUUUCAUCGCCGACUUUCAAGACAACCUGCAAUCUGUCAACCGGGAUCUCAAUGAACUGGAGCGUCUGAGUAACCUGGUUGGAAGACCCUCAGAAAGCCAUCCCCUCCACAACAGUGGAUUGCUGAGUCUGGAUCCGGUCCAGGACAAGACCCCUCUGUACAGCCAGCUUCUCCAAGCUUACAAAUGGUCCAAUAAGCUGCAAUACCAUGCUGGCCUGGCAUCCAGUCUCCUGAACCAACAGUCUCUGAAAAGAUCGGCCAAUCAAAUGGGGGCGUCUGCAAAGCGACGCCCUAAAGUCCAGCCCACCACUCUUGUACUACCCCCACACUAUGUUGAUGACGUGAUCUCAAGGAUCGGCAGAAUGUUUCCUGACAUGUCCAUCGAGUUAUUCAGACCCAACGGAACCUCCGCAGUGCUGCUGGUGACUUUGGGAAAAGUGCUAAAAGCCAUCGUGGUGAUGCGGAGCCUGUUUAUCGAUCGGACGAUCGUGAGGGGAUUCAAGGAAAACGUGUACUCCGAGGAUGGCAAGCUUGAUAUCUGGUCCAAAUCCAACUACCAGGUGUUUCAAAAGGUGACAGACCAUGCAACAACAGCACUGCUACACUAUCAGCUGCCACAGAUGCCAGAUGUGGUGGUAAGGUCUUUCAUGACCUGGUUGAGAAGUUACAUCAAGUUAUUCCAAGCUCCCUGCCAGCGCUGUGGAAAGUAUCUGCAGGACGGGCUGCCUCCCACCUGGAGGGAUUUCCGCACUCUUGAGGCUUUCCAUGAUACCUGCCGGCAGUAACCUGGGAAGAACCACAGGACUGGGGCUGGGGCAGGAGUCACUGUUGUCAUCCAGUCUGCAGCAGUUGGUUAAAGCAACGGGUCAUUGCAUGAGAAUUGUACUGCUGGAGGCCUGGGUCCAAACUCAGUCCCCAGUGUUCUGUGAUUUUAAUGAACCAGCACGGAAAUCCCUUCAGAUUAAGAUUAAGGUGUUUUUACAAAGAUCUGCAGGGAAGCGCGUAUAACUCCACCCCAGAGUUGUAAUCCCUCAUGGUGCAUCACCUUUGUAAUAAAUAAGUAAGAAUAUGUAUUGCUUAUGGCAGCUGGAGUACAUAUAAUUAAUCAUAACUAUAAAUCUCAGGAGAGUCUGCAAGCCAAGUCAUGGGGUUUGUUUUUCAAUUAGGAAACAAUAAGUACCUGAUCAGCCAAAGUUUCAAAACACUAUAUGCAAGUAAUCUGAUUCUUGUAAAUACAGACAGGGGUUUAAAUAUACAAGCAAGCACAGAACUGUCACAAGUUCCUUGUUUCAUUUUAUUAUACCCCUCCAAGAGGUAUUAUGAAAUCAAGUCAGAGCGAGACUCCUGUUAAAAUCAGCCUGUCGGAAAUCUACAAAAGCGCUCUUCUUGUGGUUUAUCAGAUACAGUCCACACUCCAAUGAUUUGAUAUUUGCUCUACAAAAUAUAUAUAUAUUUUUUUUUUAAGAUCUGCAUCUGUUUCUUCCACACCUCGCUUGCUGGUAGUCACAUAUUUUGUUAAUUGAGAAACGGCAGACCAGUGUCUGAAGCUAGACAGAAGUGAUUUAUACACUAGUGUGGACACACUACCAUAUAUUUCUUGUUUGACAACCAGAACUGGACAGUGCAUCAGUGUUGGAAAGCAGGAACAAGCACGCUUAGAGUAGAGAGAUGGCAAGCUGCCGUGAAGUCAUCAUGGAAUAAAUGAUGUAAUUACUUGAUAGAUGUAUAUGGUACUAGGGUAGAAUGCUAGUAAGCUUUAGCUAACACAUUUUAUUCCUUAAUUCAGUAUUAAUUCAUUUUUUUAUUUUUACUUUCAACAAAUAGGCUAUUUACAAAUCCCAUUCAGAAAUUGAGCAGCACUGACCAGUCUAUUACUACACAAAUCAGUCUAAUAUUAAUUGCAAUGUUUAGCUGUUUGAAAUCUAAAAUGUUAAUUGUCGUGUCAUUUUAAAUAUGCAGUAUAAUAUUAUCAAGGUUCUUUUCAAAUCAGAAACAAGAGUUUAUAAUUGACUAAUUGAAUUUUUCAUUCUUUGUAGGGAUCUACUGUGCUGUACAUGACUUAAUGGGAUCAUAGAUAGAAAAUAAUGGAAGGUGAUGACACAUGAUCUUCACUAAGAUAUUGAAAAUUGGAUUCAAGCUUAUCCUCAGAUUACUGUGCAGCAGUAUAUAAUGUCAUGACAAAAUCAAACUUGUGUCCCUCUACGAUCUGUGCUCUAGCAAACCCCUUGAUAAAGAAACAGCACUGCUAAACGUUGCAUAAAAAUACUCCAGGUUUUUCAGACAUUUGCUUUUCCUAGGAAAGCACAGAAUAAGCAAGAUUGAAUUUGAUUCUGAGGAUUGAAAGGCACAAGAGAGGCAGUGUCUUAUAUGCAAAGACUUUCUUCCAAUAUGCAAAGACUUUCUUCCACGUGUCCGUGUUGGCCUUUGAUGAUCAAUUUGUUAAUCAAACCCUGUGUAACUAUUUCCAGCUGUAAAUACUAAGAAGACUUUCCAGUUCUGCAUUAAAGCUUCCCAAGAGGCUGUGAGAUUCAGUUCAUUCCCCUCCUGUUUCUAGCGUGAUGUGUUAACAUGCAGUUAGCACACCCUUGACACUUUUAGUUCAAUUCACAUUGUCAUACAGGUUCUUGGUGAUUUCAUGAUACCAGUGUAUAUAUUUUUGCCAGGCUAAGGUUAAGGUUUAACCCUUUUGAAUGUUUGUUCCAUUUGGAAGUCAAUGAUUUGCAUUCUCAUUGCUUGACUGGCUGCUACUGGUUCUAAUGCCUGUACUUCAUCUGAACAACAAUAUAAAAUAUUCAAUCAUUUUGUUCUACUUUUUGUAUAAUAAAAAAUAAUAAAAGCAA